AUGGAAGAAGAAACACAGCACAAAAGCAAUAAAAACACCCAACAACUCACUUCCUCGUUUCUCCACUCGCUCAGAGGAGCCGCCAGGGAUCUGCGUAUCAACAACCCAAUCUUCUCCCUCUCCGUCACCGACAUCCAGCCCGCCGCCAUAGCAAAGAUCUUGAAGCUAGAAACAGAAUCCGGCGCCACUACCCUUCUCUCUGGCGACCCAAAUCUCUUCAAAGUCUCUCAAUUCUUGACCGACCUCAAAACCCUUCACCGGGAUCUCGAGAAAUCGGGAGGGUACAGCUUGCGAUCCAUCCUCCGCCGCCGAAUCGCCGCUUACAGAAUCUACCAGCUCGCCAUCAAGAUUGAGGCUGAGAUUCGGGUGUAUUUCGAUCGGGAGCUGAUACAGAAGCUUGUGAAGACUCUCCAGUUACGGGAGGGCGAGAAGGAAGAGGAUGAGAAAAUUAGGGUAUUGGAGGAGUUCGAGGAGCGAUUGAGUUCUGGGUUCGAUCGGGAGUUCCAGGAAUUGGUCCUGAAAGCGAAGCUCUUCUCGAUCCUCGAAUCGCUACUGUGCAAAUCGGAUCGGCGGCCGACGACGAGAGUCAAGGAACACGUGGCUCGCGCCAUCGUCGGGUUGGUCCGAUUCAACAAGGACGUGUUCGUCGGACUCGUUCUAAUGGGCUCGACGGUUCCCGCUCUGGUGUCGAUGGGCACCAGGUGUUCGAUACAAGUCCUGACUGAGCUCGUGUCGCUAAUCCGGACCCCCUUGAUCGACGAAAUGGAGCUGGACGGGCAGAUCCCCAGAGUCGUCGCUUUACUCGGGUCAAACUCGGAGAAUGGCGAUGACGAUCGUCUGUUGCCGAUCAAAACGGCGGCGUUCUAUUGCGUGUGCGAGAUAGCGUACCACGGGAGGAAGGAAGUGAUCGAGGCGAUGCUGGAACAGGGAUUGAUAAAGAAGCUCGUGGAGCUGCAGAGGUCGAGACACGGUGACAACUUCGUGGAGGCGGAGGGCACCGGCGCCGGAGAUCGUCCGUUCGGGAGCUGCGUGGCGAAGUUUGCGGUGCAGGUGGAGGUGGGAGAGGGGUUGAGUGGGGGGGAGAGGAAAGAGCUGAAGAGGGAAAUGGUGGAGAGAGUGAGGGAUGCCUGUGUAUCUGAAGCUGAAGCUGCCUCUAUUUUAGCAGAGGUGCUUUGGGGUUCCACGCCGUGA